AAGCGGGGCAAAGCGAGAAUUCGCCCACACCAGGGCUGUCCGAGCGUCACUGCAUCGUCUGACCUGUGGAAGCAGUAGCGGGCGGUGCUCUGUCGGUGAGUGAGUGACUCGUUGUGGACGACGCGUGUGCGAUGAUGACGGACAACAUCGUCAUCAGCCGCGAGGAGAUCGUCAAGGAGGGUUGGCUGUCCAAGCAGUCGAGGUUCCUCAGGGACUGGCGGCGCCGCUGGUUCAUCCUCACCCCACACUACCUCGCCUCAUUCAGGAAGCAGGGCCAGUACACCAACCCCACUGAAAUCCUCCGCCUUCGCGACUGCUCAACCGUCAAGUCGGCCGACGACGAGGUCCACAAGGACAACGCUUUUCGCGUCGACACGCCGGGCCGCGUGUUUUUCCUGGUGGCCGACACGACGGCUGACAAGGAGAGCUGGAUUGGGCACAUCGGGCGGCAGAUGGUGCGGCCGAGCGUCAUGACUGACUACGAUGACGGCAUGGAGCAGUGACCGGCUUCUGUCUGUGUGGGUGUGGGUGCGGGUAGGGGUUGUGGGCAGUCAGGAAGGGCAUUGUACAGUUUUGUUGUCGCUCGUGUGUAUGCCUUGUGAGGGAGGCAGGGUGAGGGGAGACGGGAGGGUGGGUGUCUGGCUAACACUACUCACUGCGUAUUUGUUUUUCAUCGUCUCUUGAGUGGGUGACGGCGCCAUUUUGUCGUGUCGACCGACCGACUGACUGACUGACUGACCGACUGACUGACUGACCGACUGACUGACUGACUGACUGACUGGCCUCGCCUCAGCUUCCCUGCUAUCAGAUGGUCCCCUCCCUCACCUGAAGCCGGCCGUCGCGCCUCUUUUUGCGUGAUGCGUACGUAACCAUGGAGUGAGUAUGGUGUGCAGCGUGUGGUCUGCAGAAAUGAAAUGACGAUGGCCGCCUGACUGACUGGCUAAUGCGUAACAUGAUGCAUGCGGAUAAUGCGAUACGAUCCAGUGCGUGUUCGUGUCGCCUUGGCUGCUCCCACUUGCUCUCUCUCGGCUCUCGACUGUCUGUCUGACUGUCUGUCUGUCUGUCUGUCUAUGGAAAGCAAGCGUCCGCCGCCCUUUCUGGUGUUCGGCUGAGAGGACAGGCACUACUACAUACUGUUGAGCAUUGUGAUGCGAUGUCAUUCUGCCGCGAUCUUGUGCGUGAGUUCGUCGUCGGGGUCGUAGCGGUUCAGCGCUCUGUCUGCAGUGCGCUGAAUCUCUACAGUUUCGUUGGGGAAUGGACGCAUCGAUUGCUACCGCUGACCAGCUGUGAUGGAUGUGAACAUGAAAUGGAUUGAUUCCCCCAUGAUGAAGGGACACUCGCU